CCUGAUUGUUUCCGCCCUAUUCCCGGAUGUUGCUUGUAAGCAACCUAUACAUUUUGUAGCUGCUGUCGUCGGUUUCUCUGAAAACCGCAACAGCUGAUCUCACCGAUUCGAACGACAAGCCGGGGAACACAUGGUCCUGCGAUCCGGAAUCUCCGCCGAAGAGGAUCUUGAUCGACUGCAUCUAUCUGCUCGAUGAUCCCUGGACUUUCUGGGCAUGCGGCGACCCGCGUUGUCCAGACCUCACAGAUGGAUCUCCGUACCCUUCAGACCUGGUCGGCGGAAUCGGAUGAAUCGACGUCUGCAGGGUAACGCACGCGGCCUAAUGUCCCUCGACGAUCGGAUUCGUGCUGCUGAAGUAGAUGAAGAAGGGCUGGAAGAGCUGUCAACGUCGCAUCGCCUCGCUGGCGAGGAGAAGACUGUAAGCCGCGUUGGCCUUCGCGUGGGACACUCGCGCCGCCAGGAACGGGUAACUACCGCAGGGAAUCAUCACAUUGUCCGGGAGCACGUCGAAGGCGUCCAGCGUCGUCAUCAUCUCGCCGGACGGGAAAACUCUGGCUUUGGGAUACGGGCCGGAAUCGUAGGACAUGACCUUCCCGAGGUGGAAGUUCGAUCUCGGGCACCAGCUCUACGGCCCGAGGUUAGCCAUAGACACCUCUCUGUGGAUGAAAUUUGUGAUAGGAAUGUUGGGGGCGGUGGAUAGGAUGUUCUGCGUGAUCUGCUGCCUGCUCCAUUCGGGAUCCAUGACUCCCUCGGUGAGGGACAUGAGGCCGGCGAUUAGCAUCCGGUCUUGAGACCAGG